AUGAGAAGGUAUGUACCGGUGUAAAGUGCAGAUGAAGAUUCUACUAUAUAACCUAAAGCUGUCAAGCAGUUAGAUAUCUAUGAUAAAAUCGAGUAAUGGGGAGAGUGGCUAUGGGUUAAAGCCUAAGCUGUGAUGUGGAUUUCAGCGGCGAUUGGAAUAGUAUAUUAUUCAAACUUUUUUAAAUAAUUGUUUCACAAUGAAAAUAUCAAUGAAUUAUUUCUCACAAUUGCAUUAUUAUUUAUUGGCAUGAGCAUAAGUUUAUCAUUAUAUGUUGCAUUUUAUGUGCCUUUCAUAAAAGGAGUGACCGAGGAUAUCGAAAUCUAUAACCCAAAGGCUAUACAAUUAGGUGCCUUUGCUGGAUUUAUGAGUUUCUUAACUCUAACAAUUGCUAUUUGGCCUGUGUUUGGAUGGUGGAGUUUCCCUAUGUUAUUUGCUAUGUUCUUGGGCUUCAUAAGCACAGGACACUUCUUGCCAAAUCAUUAGCUAAGUGGUCUCCUUUUUGGAGCAAUUUUUAUUGGAGCCUUCUUCUCACAUUAUUUUAUUGAUCAUGAUGGUUAUAUGCAUUGA